AUGUGUUGCAACUACUACAGUGGCUGUGGCUAUGGCUCAGGCUACGGCUGUGGCUCCGGCUCCGGCUAUGGCUGUGGAUACGGCUCUGGUUAUGGCUGUGGAUACGGCUCUGGUUAUGGCUGUGGAUACGGCUCUGGCUACGGCUGUGGCUAUGGCUGUGGCUACGGCUCCGGCUAUGGCUGUGGAUACGGCUCUGGUUAUGGCUGUGGUUACGGCUCAGGCUACGGCUGUGGAUACGGCUCUGGCUAUGGCUGUGGAUACGGCUCUGGCUACGGCUGUGGAUACGGCUCUGGCUAUGGCUGUGGUUACGGCUCUGGCUAUGGCUGUGGAUACGGCUCUGGCUAUGGCUGUGGUUACGGCUCUGGCUACGGCUGUGGAUACAGCUCUGGCUACGGCUGUGGAUACCGACCAUUUUGCUACAGAAGAUGCUAUUCUUGCUGUUAG